AUGAGGUCUCAAGCAUGUGAACCAUGUGCAAAACGAAAAGUCAAAUGCGACAGGGCAGAACCGCCGUGUUCUAAUUGUAAGCGUCGCAAGCAUGAUAUUUGCACCUACCCUGAAGUCUCUCCUUUUGAGCGGAUUAGAAAACUGGAGGAGGCGGUGAGAGCGCUGGGUGGUGAUCCGUUAUCUGAUACGCCUGGAAAGUAUAGGGGACAUAGUGUGAAUGCCAGUCCUGCGGCAGUGAGUAAUGCUGAGACACCGAUUAUCGUGCAGGAGGAAGGAAAGUCCGUUUAUCAUGAGUCAGAAGGAUGGCAUACCUGGAUCGAUGUUUCACGUCUUUACAAAGGCUCUAAAACAAAGUUCAGCGCCUCUGAUCCUCGAGGUUCAGCCUUAUCACCCGCAAAACACCUCCCCCACGCCUUUCACGGCUCACCAUGGCGGGACAACACCAUCCUCUCAGACAAGCUCGACUUUUGCCCGAUACCGCAAACAGAAUCCCUCAAACUAUGGGAUUUCUUCAUGGAGCGAGUCGAACCUAUUAUCAAGAUCAGCUUCAGCUGGACUCUCACUCAUCUCAGAGCCGCGUUGUCUGAUGCUGAGAAGUGGAGGAGCCUUGACAACGGCGACCAUGUGCUGAUAUUGUCAACUUGUUUAUUUGGCGCUACGAGUUUGACGAAUCAAGAAUGCUUAGAUCUAUUCGGUCGCACGAAAGCGUCUUUGACGAAUGAAUGUCGCGUUCAAUGUGACAUGGCAUUCUCAAGAAUAAGUCUACUGGCCAUUGAUAGCAUCUCAACAUUGAAAGCCAUGUGCUUAUAUAUCAAAGCAAAUGUCGACGUGCUCACGUCCCGCAGCAUGUGGACUUUGAUGGGUCUCAUCUCCCGAAGCGCAGAACAACUCGGCAUGCACCGCGACGGCGCAGUACUAGGUCUUUCGCCCAUCGAGACAGAAGAACGUCGUCGACUCUGGUGGCAACUCCAACACCUCGAUCUGAUUCUUUCGCUGAAGAAUAAUGUGACUCCAUUAUCCUAUGGGGCAGGUUCGGAUGUCAGACUUCCUCUAAACAUCGAAGACGAGGAUCUCGAUCCAAGUUCGACAGUACCGCCCAAAGAGCGAAUUGGUCUCACGAGUUUCUCGUACACGCUAUUUGUGUACUGGAAAAUGGAUAGGCAGCGCCGUUUUCGAAUGACGCAGGCGAGCCAGGCUACACCGGGUGAUACGUCUCUCUUAGGCUGUUUGGCCGACUCUGUGAUCGAUGACCUCGAGGCUGGGCUCAACGAGAACUUUCUGCAGUAUUGUGAUCCCAUCAACCCGAUGCACACGAUAUUGCAAAUUAGUGCGCGGGCUAUUGUUAACGUCUUACGGCUGAGAAAACUGCAUGACGCUCGUAUGCGAUCUCAGAAUAGUGAUGAUGCGUGCCAUGUUGAGCAUUUCAAUGCUUGCAUGCAGGGAAUGCAGUAUAUCGUCGUUUCUCAUUCAAAUCUUCAGCUGAAGCCAUUUUUUUGGCUUGUAGAGAGUUCAUUUCUGUGGUACGCUUUUAUUGGAAUCUUGGUCGACAUGUCGAACCUGAAAGAUAUCACGCUUAUCAGAUCAGCCUGGACGCUACUCUCGCAGCUCUACGCCGUAGCAGAUCAUAUAUCAGAUUUUGAAGACGACAGGAGAAAAUCUCAUGCUGCAAAAUCAGUAAUUGCGACGUGGUAUGAGUGCAGCCAGAAACCAGGUCUGACUGACAUGCAGAAGCCAGGGUUUGUUUCCAAGCUUGAGAAGGACUUGGCUGAGCUGGAAAGAAAGGCAACUGCAGAUAAUGAAGGCCAAUUCGGUGAUGUACAGGAGGUCUGGAAAAAUGGGCCUGUAGAGGCUGAACUGCAGCCAUUUGGAUUCGAGUUUGCGGAUAUAGACUGGGCGUUUUGGGAUAAUAUCAAUUAG